AUGGGGUGGAAAGCGUUAAUGUUGUUCGUGGUGGCGGUGAUGGUGGUGGUGGAAUUUAUAGAAGCGGCCGAAGAGGAGCACUUCAUCGACGUGAAGCAAAUCGUGAAGGGACGUCCUGACUUGCCAUUCAUGAUCUCACCGGAAGCGGAUGUUUCCGUUUUGUACCAAUCAUUGAAAUCGGGAACUAUCGAAGCGGUAGCCAAGUUGCCAAUGGCACAAAACGAUACGGAGCAUAACAACGAGAAAAAUCCGGAGGAAUUCUAUAAACUGUUCCAACUACCGGCGGAUAUUAUGACGAAGUUAGCCGCUGAUGCUGGCUACAUUGAACAUCCACAAACGACCACCAGUGGACCGUGGAUAGUAAGAAAGAAAGUUCAUCGAAGUUCCGAGGGAGAGGGAACAUUUGUGCAAGUGGAUUCGGAUGAAGAGGAAGAUGAUCAGGAAGAAGAAGAGGAAAAACCUAGAAAAAGAAAGAAGUACUACAAAAAGAAGGAUCCCACUCUUAUAGCGAUCUCAGAUCUUCUACCAAAAUCUACACCACUGCCUAUGGUCCCAUUGCAACCGGCACCAGGAACGACUUCGCUUACAAAUCCAACAAAUAUUCGUACAUUGCCGAUUGUACAAAGCGCUACUGACCUCUCGCAUUCGAACGUUCAACCACAAUACGCCUAUCAGCCUAUCGUUCAACCGGACGGAAAAACGUACUAUCAACAAGUGCUGAUCCUUCCCGGACGAGUUGUCUCGAGCCGUGAUGCGUUACCAAUGCAAGCACGCAUGGAUUCUCCAUUCAUACAAGAGAAGCCGAGGAACGUGGUUCAAGCUGAUUUCACGGUUGCGGCGCCAACAUUCCCACCACCUGUGGAGGUGGUCCGACGAAAUCCUCAGACGGUGGUGCCGCCACCGCCAUCGCCACCGCCACCACCACCACCGCCGUCGACAGUACAACCAGUACAAGUUCUACCGAUAGCACAAACACAACAACAAAUGAUGCAUUUAGAGACCGUUACGAGGAAUUCCGUGUAUCCAUCACGUUUCAUUAAGCCUUUAAUUAAACCAAUAGAGUCACAGCAACGAGAAUCUUCGGCCAGGAUUCCAGCGCCGCAAAAUGAUCCAAUAGCGAUUCCAUCAUCACGUCAACAAUUGCCUACACCAUUCACAACCGAUCGACAAUAUGUGCAACAACAAAAAGAAUCACUCUACAGUACAAAACUUCCAAGCGGUGAGGAACAGAGGAUUAACGCUCGUGUUUUCCACGAAGAGGCAGCCGUUCCGCCUAAGUUCUUCAUGAAGGCUACGCAAGAGAGUCCUCUCCGUAUUCGUACCAUCGAUAAUCACUUGGAGACCGCCACAGCCGCACAAAUGGAGCAGAUUCGUAGCCUUAAGCGAGGAAUGGAGACGAAAAAAGUGAUGGAAGAGCGUCGUCAAGAAGUGGAACCACAAACGCAACGAAAGCGAAAGUUACGUAAAGUGAAGAAGACGAGGAAAUUAUCGAAAAAGAACAGCCAUUCGAGGGAUGUGGACAGCAGCAGUGAAUUUCCGUCAAGCGAAAAAACCACCGAGGACAUCCCGAAACCGAUAAGAAGAAUGCCACAAACGCAAUUCCUCGAACGGGUACCGAUACUUACGCCGCAUUCGUUGAGGAAACAUGAACGAGUGUACGCCUCGAAAACAUGGAAGAAACGAAGGUACGAACCAAUAGAUAUCGUCGUUCCGAAGGAUUUGGAAAGUUUCGAGGAUAAAGGUGUGGAGGAGGAGGAUGUGACGGAACCACCAAAGAAGAGGAGGAAGCUCAUAACUAAAAAAACAAGAAUACAUCCUCAAAAUGAUCCCAAGGAUGAGAAGGAGAUCAAGGAUUUCCAGCAACGGGACCCUGAACAGGAAUAUGUCACAUCCGCGCCAUUGAGGCGAAAAAUCCUACGCUUGAGUAAGUUUAAAGAAGAUUCAGAUCCAAAAACGAUGAUGGAAAACUAUGAACGUAGCGGCGAAAGCAGACCAGUUCGAUCCAAGAAACUGAAAAGGACGAAACGAGUGAAAAAAAUGAAGUCAUCGACGUCACGAUCCGAAACCACAACGGCAUUCGAUGCACCACUACCGCAUCGGCAACACUGUUUGAAUAUUCGAACGUUCGCUCGACAAUUUGGUGUGAAUGACGUGGACGAGUUCGCACGAGAUCAUUGUGCAUUCAUCGAGAACUACUACCCUCAUUUGACGUGUGAUCGAAGGCCGGAGUACGUCGCCGAGUGCCUGAAGUACUACUGA